UAGAGCCAGAAACCUCCUUCUCUUUCCGUUUGGAGAGCAGAGCAGCUUCCUCAACCUCAACGAGCAAUUCACACACCAAGAAAUAUUUGCAUCAGCUGUACUUCUAUUAUCCCGUUUAUCUUGCGGGAAGUUCUAAAUGUGAAUUUUACGAAGAAACAGACAUUUAAAUAGCCUGAUUUCUGUUUAUCAGAUUCGCCUUUGAAGAGUGUUAGAGUGGUCUGAGAUGGAUGCAUCACAGAACACAACUGGAAUCGGUGGGAGUGGCGGAAACGGAACAUUGGUCCCUCAAACCAAUGAUACAACUGGAUCGGCAGUGGUUGAUGAUCCAAAGCAAAACCUGAAUCAGGUCAUUAACUCUAUUCAGAAAACUUUAGGCCUCGUUCACCAGCUCUACCUCACAGUGUCUUCGUUCAAUGCCGCGUCUCAGCUUCCCCUCCUCCAACGCCUAAAUGCCCUUGUUAUGGAGCUUGACAACAUGGCUAAGCUGUCAGAAAAAUGCAAUAUCCAGGUUCCUAUGGAAGUUUUUAAUUUGAUCGAUGACGGGAAGAAUCCUGAUGAAUUCACGAGGGAUGUCAUUAAUAGCUGCAUUGCUAAGAAUCAGAUCACUAAAGGAAAAACCGAUACCUUCAAGAGUUUACGCAAACAUCUUCUGGAGGAACUUGAACAGGCAUUUCCAGAUGAAGUUGAAUCUUACAGAGACAUACGUGCUGCAUCUGCUGCUGAAACAAAACGGCUUGCACAAGCACAGAGCACACUACCAAAUGGAGAUGUGAAGGUCAAGCCGGAGCUUUAAGUGUAUGAUAAGUUUAUGUAUCAUGUUCUUACCGUCCACAUUUUGGCAUGCUUUUAAUUACUGUUCAACUUUUCAUGACUCUAGUGAUAAAGAUCAUUUGUGUCUACACCUAUUUGCCUGAGACUUUGUCAAUUUACAUUGUAAUAUAGUAACGAAGUUUGUAAAAAUCAUGUUAUUGUGUCGUCUUGUUUAUCGUUUGUGAAGUUUA